GCCGCGGCGGAGGACGCGCCCGGCGCCCCUGACGGCGAGCGCGGAGGCGGAUGAAGGAGCUGAGACCCUGAGAAGUCAUGCCACGUGGUUGAGGCCCAGAGCCGGCCAGCAGCAGGUCCAGGGCAGAAACCCGCUCCCCUCUGUCCCCCGAAGGACUCUUCCCGACAAGAGGUGAGGGCCCUCUGCACCCUGGGGUGGGGCUGACCCGUCCCCGCUCUCCCUGUUGGAGCCCCCCCGGCAUCGCUGUGUCUUCUGGCAGCUUAGGACACACAGUCACAUUAUCAUCAGCAUCAGCGUUGGGCUCUUCACCUUCACGCUGCUGGGGCUCCUUGUACCCCGAAUGCGCAGCGUCUCUUCACGAUGGAGUCGAGUAAAAAGAUGGACCCCGCUGGCACCCUGCAGGCCAACCCCCCGCUGCAGCUGCGCCCCGACCGGGGUGCGGCCAGCGCGGCCGUGCUCGUCCCGGAGCAGGGAGGCUACAAGGAGAGGUUCGUGAAGACGGUGGAGGACAAGUACAAGUGCGAGAAGUGCCGCCUGGUGCUGUGCAGCCCCAGGCAGACCGAGUGCGGACACCGCUUCUGCGAGACCUGCAUGGCCGCCCUGCUGAGCUCCUCCAGCCCCAAGUGCUCAGCAUGUCAAGAAUGCAUCGUUAAAGACAAGGUGUUUAAAGAUAAUUGCUGCAAGAGAGAGAUUCUGGCGCUUCAGAUAUUUUGCAGGAACGAGAGUCGAGGCUGCGCAGAGCAGCUCACGCUGGGGCAACUGCUGGUGCAUUUAAAGAACGACUGCCAGUUUGAAGAGCUUCCAUGUGUCCGUGCCGACUGCAAGGAGAGGGUGCUGCGGAGAGACCUGCGCGACCACGUGGACAAGGCCUGCAAGUACCGAGAGGCCACGUGCACGCACUGCAAAAGCCAGGUCCCCAUGGUCACGCUGCAGAAACACGAGGACACCGAGUGUCCCUGCGUGGUGGUGUCCUGCCCUCACAAGUGCAGCGUCCAGACGCUCCUGAGGCGCGAGUUGAGUGCACACUUGUCAGAGUGUGUCAAUGCCCCCAGCACCUGUAGUUUUAAGCGCUAUGGCUGCGUUUUUCAGGGGACCAACCAGCAGAUCAAGGCCCAUGAGGCCAGCUCUGCCGUGCAGCACGUCAACCUGCUGAAGGAGUGGAGCAGCUCCCUGGAGAAGAAGGUCUCCCUGCUGCAGAACGAGAGCGCGGAGAAGAAUAAGAGCAUCCAGAGCCUGCACAACCAGAUCUGCAGCUUUGAGGUCGAGAUCGAGAGGCAGAAGGAGACGCUGCGCAACAACGAGGCCAAAAUACUUCACCUACAGCGAGUGAUAGACAGCCAGGCGGAGAAGCUGAAAGAGCUGGACAAGGAGAUCCGCCCCUUCCGGCAGAACUGGGAGGAGGCCGACAGCAUGAAGAGCAGCGUGGAGUCCCUGCAGAACCGGGUGACCGAGCUGGAGAGCGUGGACAAGACUGCGGGGCAGGCCGCCAGGAACACAGGCCUGCUGGAGUCCCAGCUGAGCCGGCACGACCAGAUGCUGAGCGUGCACGACAUCCGCCUGGCCGACAUGGACCUGCGCUUCCAGGUGCUGGAGACCGCCAGCUACAACGGCGUGCUCAUCUGGAAGAUCCGCGACUACAAGCGGCGGAAGCAGGAGGCCGUCAUGGGGAAGACGCUGUCCCUCUACAGCCAGCCCUUCUACACGGGCUACUUCGGCUACAAGAUGUGCGCCCGCGUCUACCUGAACGGGGACGGCAUGGGCAAGGGCACGCACCUGUCGCUCUUCUUCGUCAUCAUGCGCGGCGAGUACGACGCGCUGCUGCCCUGGCCCUUCAAGCAGAAGGUGACGCUCAUGCUGAUGGACCAGGGCUCCUCCCGGCGCCACCUGGGCGACGCCUUCAAGCCGGACCCCAACAGCAGCAGCUUCAAGAAGCCCACCGGGGAGAUGAACAUCGCCUCCGGCUGCCCGGUCUUCGUGGCCCAGACCGUGCUGGAGAACGGGACCUAUAUCAAAGACGACACCAUCUUUAUUAAAGUCAUAGUGGAUACUUCGGACCUGCCCGACCCCUGAGGAGCCCAGAGCGGCGCGCGCAGAAGGCAGCUCCCGGGGGCGGAGCCGUUCCCCGCCGAGGGUCCUCGCGCUCAGGGGAGGCCCGGGGGGCGGAGGAGCGGCAGACGGUGGUCACGGGCCGGCGGAGGAGCCAUGCGUGAGGUCACACCUGGCACGUCUCCUAAUAGACUAGCAACACUUCACUCUGGAGAAUUAUUUAUCCUUCUGCCAGAUAAAUUCUGCUGUCAGAGAAGGUUUCCAUUUCCAUUUUCAAAGAGCUAGUUAACUAAGGUGGAAAACAUAGAUGCUAACCCAAAGGACCAUGAUUUUCUUCCUUAAAUUUGAACGCCAAAAAGAAAAACACACUCACUCACAUCUGGGGAUAGCUGGACAUGGCAGCAUGUUUAGUAAAAGAAGAAUUUAUGAGCUGAUAAUGCAAUUCUGAUAUAUUCAGUGCAAUCUUGUUUUAAAUAUAGUAUAUUGUCUAUUUUUAAGGCCUCAUCUGGUCUCUGUUUUAAUAAUUUGUUUGUCAGAAGACCCUGAAGUAUACCUAGGUCUUUUUUGAAAGUCUCUAAAUCCAAAAUCAUUUUUUUAAUUUAAAGUUCUACAGAUAACUGUUACUGCAGACAUUUUAUUUUAAAACGUCGAUAGACUGAUAUUUCUUGGAAGAAAAUGUAAAAUAUCAAACACUGGUUAUCACUUGUGAUAGGAAAGAAAAUAUUCAAUCUGUUGUUAUUUCUCGUUAGAAAUGUAACCUUCGGCACCCGCCGCCGUCGACGACACUGCCCCACGGCCGCUGGGAGGGACGCUCUUCGAUGCUGUGCAUCAGCUCAGAUUAUAAUUGUUUUCACCCUAAAAUAGGGCAUUAGUUGAACUUUGGAGUUCUAAACAAAACCCCGUAGGUCCCUAGGAUUCUGCCCCGUGUCCAGACAGUGACAACCCGGCCUCUGGCCUCGGGCCCAGGCGGCGGGGACCUGUCUGGCCGCGAGCGUGAGCGGCGCUGCAGGCCGCGGCCUUCCGGGCCCUCGGGACGCUGCUUCUCAGCCUUGCUUUGUGUUCACUGUGCUUCCAGGUAGCUUGACCAGACUCUGCUCCCGACCCCCAGACCUUUGUCUCACCGAGGGCCUCAGCCAGCUCUGGGCCCGCUGAGGGCAGGGCCCAUUGCCAGCUGCUGGGCCCCGGUUGUCACGUCGUCACGGCCCUCACGGCCCGGGGGCCCCAGAGGCCGGGCUGGGUCCUGCGCCCGCCCCAAGGUAGGUGUGGACAGGAGCUCCAGCCACCCACCCCCACCCGGGCGCAGGCCUGCCCCCAAGCAGAACCCUCCGAGCAUUCCAGAGACACGCUCGGGCCCCAGCCGCUGGCCUCCAGGCCCGCCCCUCCCUGGAAGGGCGCUCGGCUGGGGCCCAGCGUGGUUCUCAACUCACUGUUUACCUUCGCCGUGGCCCAGCUGUGAUUCGGAGCUGCCUCCCGUGCCCUGCUAUGCACCGCGCUCCCUGGGUGCUCUUUCCACCGAUGGGUGCUACACGUGACGGGUGCUUCCUCGGCUCAACCAAUGCGUGUGAACCACCGCAUCUGUGCCGCCCCCCAAAAGACCGCCCACGACCGGCCAGCGGGCCGCGACCGCCGACUGCUGCCUUUGGCUGCACUGGGCGGCGCCGGUGGUCCACGUGUGUCUGGUGCUCCAUCUGCCCUGGGUGUGCCUUCGCCCCAGUGCCUCCUGGCAGUGCCCUCCCCGCAGCUUCCAUUGUGACCACGUGCCAGGCCCCCAGUUCUGAGGCUCCAUUGUCUUCAUCUCGCUCCCUCCCUUUGCUCCCCGGCGGUGCUCUGAGGGCCCAGGACAGGUGAGUGUCCCCGCUCGGAGAAGGGGCUUCUGACCCGGCAGCUCCCUGAAACCCGUCACCUCCAGGGACGUCCCUGCGGCCUCCUGCCCCUUCAGCAAAGGAACUGACGGUUUGUCCAGGAUGAGCAACUGCUUGGUCCAGGGAAGUGGGGCUCGUCCCCACCUGGGGCGGGGUCGCAGUGGUGGCCCCGAGGAUGCACCCGUCCCUUGCAGGGCAGUUCUGCGAGUCCGGUGGGCGGGGGUGGGGGGGCGCCUGCCGACGGCCGCUGCGGCUACACUGCCCUGGCCUGGCCUCGGGGAGGCGGGCGCAACGCCGCCUUGCUUGGUGCUAGGCUGGUCCCUCCGCGGGGCCCCGGUGGCUGUGGAGGGGCAGCUGCGUGUGCGGGGCCCUUUCCUGCUGGUAGAAAAGAGACGCGACUCCCCACAGGACAGAGCUGUCCAGAACUUUAAAGAAAUGGGACCCAGCCUCUUGCAGGAUGAGGCCGGCCUCUUCCUCGUCCGCCUCAUGCUGGAAACGGCUCCCGACGUCGCCUGCGUCCUGCCCAGGGCCCAGUUGCUGUGGGGGCGGCG